AUGAAAAAUGUCAGUAUGAUUACUGAGUUUGUCCUCCUGGGAUUAUCCAGUGACCCCCAGAUCCAGACCAUGCUCUUCGUGCUGUUCCUGGGGAUUUACCUCCUGACCCUGGUGGGGAAUCUGGUGGUGAUCCUGGUGAUCAGGGUUGAACCCCGCCUCCACACACCCAUGUACUUCUUCCUUGGACACCUAUCCUUCCUGGAUCUCAGUUUCUCCUCAGUCACUGUGCCCAAGAUGCUACAGAACUUCUUAUCUCAGAAUAAAAGCAUCUCAAUGUGGGGAUGCAUCACUCAGAGCUUCUUUUUCACUCUCUCUGGGGGAACAGAAGCUUGUCUGCUCUCUGCCAUGGCCUAUGACCGCUAUGCUGCUAUCUGCCACCCUCUGGUCUACACCAUGCUCAUAAACAGACCUCUCUGUAUUGUGAUUGUGAGCAUAGCGUGGGCAGUGGGAUUUCUGAUUUCCUUGCUGAAUAGUCUCUUCAUCCACAAGUUGUAUUUCUGCGGGUCCAACAUCAUCCUCCACUUCAGCUGUGAGCUACCUCCUCUCUUUCCUCUGUCCUGUACCGAUCCCAUUGUCAAUGAGAUUCUUCUUGCGGUGUCCUGUGCAUUUCUAGGGCUGCUGACGCUUCCCCUGAUCCUCUUCUCUUACUCCAGAAUCAUUUCUGCCAUUCUGAACAUCCGCUCCUCUGAGGGCCAAGCCAAAGCCUUCUCCACCUGCUCCUCCCACCUCACCGUGGUGCUCUUGUUCUAUGGGACGGCUCUAUUCAGGUACAUCAGCCCUGCCUCAGGCUCAGUGUUGGAGCGCGUGGUCUCCAUUCAGUACAGUGUGAUCACAUCCUUGCUGAACCCCCUCAUCUACAGCCUCAAGAACCAGGAGGUGAAGGCUGCUCUGCAGAGGAUGCUGAAGCAACAAAAGUGUGCCUCAUGGUACAAUAAAAGCUGUGUGAUUCUGCUCAGGAAAUAG